AUGUCCAAAACCACAUCUCUCGCCCUCAUCGCAGCUCUAAGCGCAGGAGGCGGUGCCGCACUCACAGCGACAAUGUACUCGCUCCGCUCCCCGAAGCAACCUGCCCCCUCGACAACCAACGCGAGCCCCCCGUUAAACUCUCCAUCCGUCCCGGUUCCCGCUACCCAAGUCUUCACCAACCCCAGCGCGCCGCUCCCUCCUGCGGCCGCCGCGCCGUCCCCGCCACUGCCCGGAUCUGUCUCCGGCAACCCCGUAGACCCGGCCGGCCUCUUCGAAUACGGUUUCCCCGGCCCCGUCGCCGACCUCGCGCAGCGUCCUGCCCUCAUAUCGAGCUACGACCGCCGCACGCGCAACCCGCACUGGGUCAUCGAGCACAUUACCCCGGCCUCCCUCGCUCAGCGUGGCGGCGACCGCAAGAACAGCGCCUUCGUCGAGGACACCUCCAUCCCCGAAAAGUUUCAGGCUAAGCUCAAGGACUACUUCCGCAGCGGCUACGACCGCGGCCACCAGGUCCCUGCCGCCGACUGCAAGUGGUCCCAAAAGGCCAUGGACGACACAUUCUACCUCUCCAACAUGUGCCCCCAGGUCGGCGACGGCUUCAACCGCGACUACUGGGCGCACUUUGAGGACUUCUGUCGCCGCCUGACCACCCGCUACCCCUCCGUGCGCAUUGUCACCGGCCCGCUCUACCUACCCAAGCGCGACCCCGUCGACGGCAAGUGGUACACAAAAUACGAGGUCAUCGGCAACCCGCCCAACGUUGCCGUCCCCACGCACUUUUACAAGGUCAUCUUUGCCGAGGACGGCAAGGCCGGUGGCAACGUCGCCAUUGGCGCCUUCGUCAUGCCCAACGCGCCCAUUCCCAACAAUAAGCCGCUCUCCGAUUUCGAGAUGCCCCUCGAGGCCGUCGAGCGCGCCGCCGGCGUCGAGUUCGCGUCCAAGCUUGCGCCCCAGCGUCGCAAGAGGCUUUGCAGCGAGGCGUCGUGUGCCAUCGUCGUCAAGGAGUACGCCGAUAGGCAGAAGUCGUUCGGCAAGGGUGGCUCGCAGUCCCGGAGCCCGAGCCCCUAA